AUGGCCGUCAGAAUGUCCUCUGUUCACCAUGCCGCCGGCAUCUUCGCCGACAUGUCAGUCGACGGCCCGGCCAUUGGCACCCUCGUGGCGGUCGUGGACCGCGCAAAGAACCUCCCCAACAGGAAAACAAUGGGGAAGCAGAACCCUUACUGCGCUGCACGUCUAGGAAAGGAAGCUCAGAAAACCGGCACCGACGUGCGUGGAGGCCAGACGCCCAAGUGGGACCAGGAACUCCGCUUCACCGUGCACGAAUCGCCCGACUACUUUCGUAUGAAACUAUCCGUCUUCAACGAUGACAAGCGAACCGACCUCAUCGGCGAGACAUGGAUCGACCUGCAGGAUCUCAUCAUCCCUGGAGGCAGUCAGAGCGAUCAAUGGCACACCCUGCAAUUUCGGGGGAAGUAUGCCGGCGAGAUCCGUCUCGAGAUGACUUACUACGAUACCAGGCCCGAGGAUGAGGCCGUUAUCGAACGGAGAACGCAAGGGACAGAGAGGGCCAAAACAAGUAGCAGCAGCAGGUCCGCCCCAGCACCCGCCGUGCCCUCGCCGGCACCGUCUCCAUCGUCAUCGUCUUCUCUAUCCGGUCCGCGUCAGCUGAAAGAGGUCAAACGCCGACCCGUACCUACCGAACAUACCGGCGGCCCACGCCCUGUACCUGACAAAGCUUAUUCUACCCCGGCACCGUUGCCCGUCUCGCAUCCGUCUCGAGCUCCAUAUGAUGGCAUCCCCACUCCUCCCUCUAGCUCUGGCAUGGAUUAUGCCCAUCAACCAAGACAUUCGGUGCCCCAAAUACCCUACGAUGCAGUGCCUCGUCCGCGAACAUAUGAAACACCCGACGAUUUCGGACGAGAGUGGGCUGCACCUCCUCACCAUCCUCCCGCAGGCCGGGGUCAACCUCGCUAUCAAGAGCAUUACCCGCCGCGAGCAGAGCAGGAAUACUACGCACGGCCACGCUCUGGCUACGACAACGCGCCGCCUGCCGAUUAUCGAUCAAUGAGACAACUCCCAGCUGCCCGACCGGACCAAUACUACGAAGAUAUGCAUGUCGAGGCCGCGCGACCAACUAGUCGCCAUUAUAGUCAAAUCCCCCCGGACGCGUACUCGUACGGUUCAGAGGAUAUUCAGACUCGUUACCAGCAUGCAUCCAGCAGCAUGUCCUCGCGUCAUCGCAUUGAAUACCCGCAAGAAAGCGAGCCGUAUCGGCAGCAUAACUCGCUGCCCAGGAGAGGCCGCAGUCCUGGCCGCUACCACGCGGAGUACGCGGCAAUGCAGCCGCGAGUGGAAGACGAAGUUGAAGAAGGAGCACCACCUCCGCCGCCCGUUCAUCGGACAGCAAUGGCUCACCCUAGUCCGCAGUUAGUACCGUCACCAGCUCCUUCGUACAAAGCUUACUCCCCAGAGUACGGCCCCAGAUCGACUCACGAUAUGAACAUCCCCCAACCUACGGAGCUGAUGCUGGACCUUCCGUCGGCCACGAGCCCGUCGUCUAUGCCCCCCAGCCUGGUCGCUGGGCUUGAUCCGGUGGUCGCAGAGGCGGAGUCGGAACGCGUCGUGCGUGAGAUUCGCAGACGCAGCGGGAUCUUCGAAGAAGACCUGCCCAGACAUAACCGCAGUCGCGACCCAUCGCCGUCUCCGAUCUCGCCACCUUACCCAGAAAAUGUGCCUACGGAAGACCUCCGCCGGUCGCUCGUUAGCCGCAGAUCGAUGAACGGAGAUGUUCCCUCGCAGCAGCUUGUCCUGCGCAAAUCGAUCAGCCCGCGACCACCUCCUUCCAGAGGCCGCGGUGGCUCUCGCGCGUCGAUUACACAGACUCCCUUCUCGCCAGACUCCUUCGAUUCGUUCAACCCGCACGCAGCGCGGUCCGCCGUGAACAAAGACCCGUUGCCGGCGUACUCAACUCCAGCAGAAGCUAUGGAGGUAGCAAGGCGGACCGAAGCCGCAGCAGCCCGACCAGACGGUCCCAUCAUCGGCGACGACGGCCGCGAGAUCGACCCAUCCGACCACCUACCAACCGAUACCUGGGCGCCCGAACCCGAGCGCAAAACGCGCAAGCCCGGCGUGAUUGUUCGCUUCAAGAACGCGCCUACCAGACGCAGCCCCGUCGCACCGCGCCCAACAUCAUCCUACAUGGUCAGCACAGACGUUGAGCGCGGUCGUCCAGGGUACGGCGGAGGCAGCCCCGGCGGACCUGGGCAUGCACGAACCUACAGCACGCCGUCUCCGAACCCCAUGCCUCGCCGACACUCCAUCUCGCCUGCUCCAUCGCCAAUGUAUGCGCCUGCCCCCAUUGGCCCGCCCAUUCCGGCGAAGGUGCCCAUUGGUGCGCCAGCCGGUGUUCAGGAUGCGCUGAGCCGAGAGCUCAAUUCGAUUGAUAUUGGCUCCGUUGGGGUCAGUUCGAGUCGGGCGAUGCGCAAGUACGUCCCUAGACCGACCUACGCCAUGUAA